AUGAGGCUGCUUGGGAUCCGCGAAUUAGGGCUUCGAGCCCUGCCGAUCUGGCUGUUGAUCCUUCAACUCUUGUUGGUAAACGUGGCACAGGCCGACCACAGCCAUCCGCACCAUCGCCAUUAUCACGAUCAUCGCAGCGAUCAUGUCAAGCGGUCCCGCAAUGAUACGACAGACUCUAAUGAACCCGCCACGAUCGUCAAGAACGCUCUGGCAGUACUUGCGCACGUCAACAGAGAGCGGGUGGAAAAUCCCAAUUUCAACCAGUACAGUAUACAGGACCCAGGACAGUCAAAAAGACCAGCCUCGGCUGCCGCUCCUUUAGAAUAUACUGCUCAAGCAGCAGAGAAUGCGCGCCGCCGAAAACGGGACGCUCCUUCAGCCAGGACCCGUGGGAACACUGCAUACUCUAUCCCAGCUGAAUUAGCCAGGGCAGCAAAGAUCGUUGCCGAAUCGACCGACAACACCCCGAGCGGGAACCAGAGUGAGGUAGCCGCGAUGAUCCGGGAGAAGUACAACAGAGGGAAGCGAGCAACAAAUACUCCGGCACAAACCCUUGUCCAUUCAAAUGGUCUCUACGACUUUCUAUCCUAUGCUGAGACUGUUAAUGCGGCCUCUUCAUUUGGGGAUAACAAUGAUCCUGGUCUCCAGAAGCGAUCUCCUUCCAAGUACUGGAUGCCACACAUGGAGAAGAACGGAAAUAGCCCAUUUGCCCCUGCUGGGUACAAAGUCUGGAGAAACGUGCGCGACUACGGAGCAAAGGGUGACGGAGUCACAGACGACACUGAGGCCAUCAACCGAGCCAUCUCUGAUGGAGGACGGUGUGGCGUAGAUUGCGGCUCGAGUACGAGAUAUCCUGCCGUCGUCUGGUUUCCCGGCGGCAAAUACCUCGUCAGCUCACCGAUUAUCCAGUACUAUAAUACGCAGUUUAUCGGAGACCCAUUGAAUGUUCCCACUAUCCUAGCAGCCUCAAGCUUUGUUGGACUGGGUGUUAUUACCUCUGACCCCUACGUGAGCGACAACGGACAAUGGUAUUUGAACCAGAACAACUUCCUGCGCAGCAUCAAGAACUUCAAGAUUGAUAUUCGGCCUACGGAUCCAUCUGCCUAUGUGUGCGCAAUCCACUGGCAAGUAGCGCAGGGAACGUCCUUGGAGAACAUUGAGUUCUACAUGUUGUAUAACUCGGAUGUUCCUGGCAACACCCAGCAAGGUAUCUAUAUGGAGAACGGAUCUGGAGGCUUUCUGGCGGAUCUGACUUUUGUUGGCGGGAACUUCGGUGCCUACUUUGGUAACCAGCAAUUUACCACAAGCCAGCUUGUUUUCGUCAACUGCAAUACUGCGCUACAGGUUCAUUGGGAUUGGGCAUGGACAAUGCAAGACUAUGUCAUCGAAUCAUGCACAAAUGGUCUUACAAUAGUUGGCGGGGGAGUUGGCUCUCUUGUUCUGACUGAUGCAAUUAUUGCCAAUACGCCCAAUGGUAUUGUCACAUCUCUCUAUGCAGAGAAUUCCACUUCCCUACUGCUUCAGAACGUCGGUUUUUUCAACGUCGAAACAGCCGUCGUCGACAGUGUGAAAAACCAAAUCUUGCUCGCGGGAGGCAACGAGGUCCUAAAGGACUCGUGGGGCUUUGGCAAGAUUAGUGACGCCACUGGCUCUGGAUCCUUUGUGAAUGGGCAAGACAUCGCCGUCAUGAAUAGGACUGAAGAGAUAGUCGGAACACAAGCCUAUGUCAAGCCCAACCUAUACACGCGUCGUCGACCCCAAUACGAGGAUCUCUCAAUUGAUAACAUCGUCAAUGUCAAGAAAUAUGGUGUUAAAGGUGAUGGCAGCACUGAUGACACUGUCACCCUGAACUGGGUCCUUUCGUUUGCUGCCAAUUUAUCUUCGGUGGUCUACUUCCCUCAUGGUGUGUAUAAGAUCACGGACACGCUGAAAGUACCGGUUGGCUCUCGCAUUAUGGGCCAGGCUUGGCCUCAGAUCAUGGCAACAGGCUCUAAAUUCGAAGAUAGCAACAAUCCCCGUGCUGCCGUGAAGGUUGGAGAUCCUGGAGAUGUUGGUAUUAUUGAAAUACAGGAUAUGUUGUUUACAGUCUCCGGUCCCACCGCAGGGGCUGUCCUUGUUGAGUGGAACGUCGAGCAGUCUAGCAAGGGUUCAGCAGCUAUGUGGGACUCGCAUAUUCGUGUCGGGGGUGCCCUUGGGUCCAAACUUCAGAGGCAGCAGUGUCCGAAGAAAACGGGCAGUGUAAACCCAGAGUGCAUUGCCGCUUCCCUCUUACUGCACCUCACACCAACUUCAAAUGCAUACCUUGAAAAUAUCUGGGUAUGGGUGGCCGACCAUGACUUGGAUGCCCCUGAGCAGGACCAGAUUGACGUGUACUCAGCCCGUGGUAUCCUGAUUGAGAGCAAAUUGGCCUGGCUCUAUGGGACUGCUUCAGAGCACAGUGUUCUGUACCAGUAUCAGCUGUCGGGGGCAAAGAACAUCCUUAUGGCCAUGAUCCAGACAGAAUCUCCAUAUUAUCAGCCAUCGCCGCGAGCGCCAAAACCCUUUAUACCAGGACUAUUCCCCAAUGAUCCCUUGUUCAAUGAUUGCAAAUCAAAUCCGCUCAAGUGCGCUGUAUCCUGGGCAGUUCGUAUCGUUGAUUCAUCUUCUAUAUGGGUGCUUGGAAGUGGCCUCUACAGCUUCUACUCGGACUACUCGCAAAAUUGUCUUGAAACAAAUGAUUGCCAACAGAGGGACUUUGAGAUCGAGCAAAGCUUCAAUAUCUGGGUCUAUAAUCUCUGCACAAGGGCAAUUGUCGAGAUGGUAUCUCCCUUCCGGGGUGUCCCUACUUACGCCCGUGAUAACGUUAAUGGAUUGCUUUCGUCCAUUCUAGCCUGGCUAGGUGGAGCUGAGCAGACCGCGGGUGAACGGGAGUUCCUAGGAUUCAGUAUUUACACCAUGGCGAGUUUAGAAGAGAUUGAUGUUCCUUCAGCCUGCAAGACAGCCCUAACAGAACGAAUCAAGUGCGAUCCUUACCUAACCUCAAUGAUGCAGCUCAAAUACCGCGGGUCGUUGGACAAUGACACGUUGACUGAUUCCAUCUGCAAGCCUAGCUGCGGAACGAGCUUGCAGCAGUGGUUCAACUCUGUGGAACAAAACUGUGCUGGAUAUAACCUGACUGCGGGCUCUCCACCAGUGAUGUUUGGAGCACGGAUGUGGGCUGGUUACAAUGAAACUUGUAGCAAGGAUAUGAGCACUGGAGAAUAUUGCAAUUCUGUCAUCGACGACUUCACUAUUGUGGACUCCACCGCGCAGAUGCCGAAAGACGAAUUAUGCUCCUACUGCUAUGUUGAGCGACUCCAGAUGAUGCAGCGAAGCCCCUACUCUGCUUAUGACAAAUACUAUAAGUCAGAGCUCGAAUUAAUCAAUGAGAAAUGCGGCCUUUCAGGACCCACAGAGAUUCUUGAAAUCCCCAUAGAGAGCCCUGAGACAGAAGACGCCAUAUGUCUGUCUGAUACGACAUAUACAACAGUCGACGGAGAUACUUGCACCUCUAUAGCCGCGGCAAACAGUAUAUCCUCGGCCGCCCUCUAUAUGGGCAACCAAGAGCUCAUUCGCUGGUGUUCAUCCAUCAAAGCAGGCAUCGAGCUAUGCUUACCACUCCAGUGCGCGAAAACCUACAAGCUCCAACCAUCUGAUACCUGCACCAGCAUCGAGUACGCCUUUGGCCUUAGGAACGGCGAUGUCCGCAAGUACAACCCCUGGGUCUCCUACGACUGUGACAACCUCCACAUUGCCACCCAGAUCUACGGUACUAUCCUUUGUCUCUCCCCGCAGGGGGGUGACCACAACCCCGGUAAAACGGGCAGGUCCUCCAACGCGCCCUCGACGUCUGAUGGCCAUGUCAAGCUUGCUAUCCCGCCCCCUGCAAAUGCGACGCUGGCAGAGGGGACCACCAAAAAGUGCGGGAGAUGGCAUGAGGCUGUUGCAGGGGAGAGCUGUGUAGCCAUCUGCGUGCAGAAUAUGAUUACCCACGACCUGUUUGUAGACGUCAACCCGUCACUGGAUGCGACGGAUUGUACGGCCAGCUUGCAAGCUGGGAAGACGUAUUGCGCGGGGCCGACGUACGGGUGGAAUUCGCUUGAGUCUGACGAUGAUUAUUACUGA